AAUGAAAUGAAAUACAAAUAAAACAAGCACAUUAUUUAAAAUUUCACUUUUUUUUAGAAAAUUAUUAACUGAAAAUUUUAGUGAAGUAUAUAUAUGUUAGUUAUUAUUUAUAUUUCAAUUUAACUACAUUAUUAUUCUAUAUAAAAGAAAAGAAACCUUAUCAAGAUUACAAUAUGCUUCAACCAGAUGAACUUGAUGCAAUAGAAAAAUUAAAUGAAUUAUGUGAAAAAGAAGAAAAAUUAGAUAAACAACCAUUUAAAAAAAAUCAUAAAAAUCAUCAUCAUGAACAUCAUAAUAAUAAUUUAUCAUCUGUAUUUCGUUGUAGUGAUACACGUACAUUGAAAGCAAUAAAAAAUGUAUCAAAAGAUGAAUUCAAUACUACUAAUACUACUGAUACUACUACUACUAAUACUACUACUACUACCAAUACUACUAAUAAUAAUCAUAAUAGUAAUAUAGAUGAUAAUCAUUUAAUACCAACUGGUUUACCAAGAAUUCAAACAAAAAUUACUGUUAAAAUAUUAAAAUAUGAUUGUUGUAUCACAGUAAUAUUAGAUCCAACAACUAAAUUAAAUACAAUUAAAGCAAUGUAUGAUUUAAAUGAACAACUUAUUAUUAUUGGUUAUCAACGUUUAAUUACAUUAAAAACAUUAGAUCAUUUACCAAUGAAAUUUAAUGCAAUUAUUGAACAAAAUAAUAAUUUAAAUUAUGAUUUAACAACAUACGUUGAACAUAGAUAUAAAGUAAAUUUAAAUAUGUAUUAUUUAAAUUCAGCGCGUGUAAAACAAAAAAAUAAUAUUGUUUAUAUUAUUAUACCGCGGAAAAUUUAAAUAUAUACAUAUUCAAUCAUAAUAAUAAUAAUAAUAAUAAUAAUAAUAAUAAUAAUAAUAUGAAUAUGAAUAUAAACACAUAUCCUCCUCCCCACCCCUCCUAUCUUUUUGUUGUUGCUAUGAAUGGUAUUGAAUGAUUUCAAUGGUUAAUGUUGUUACCAAAUAUGAUACAUCAAUUGAAUAUUGAACGAUAGAUGUAUUAGAAUGGUCAAAGUUCAUUUAUUUCUUUGUUUUUUUUCUAUAUAUCAUACCGCUUGUAUAUGACAUAAUUUUCUUUAUAUUGAUUGUUUACAUUUCAUUAGGUCUUUUUUUGUAGUUGUUAAAAUCAAAUAUGUUGUAACCACUUUUACAUCAUUAUAUAAAUUGGAUUUCGAAAGUGUGUAAUUGUCCAAUUUCAGAUGAUAAAAAAACUUUUUUUUUGUAAAGAUCAGUUGUUUUCUUUCUUCUCUCAAUAUAUUCUAUCUGAAUACGAAUUAUUUACAUACUU